CGUGAAGUUCCAUGAAUGCGUGGAGGAAAUGGAGCUGUACUGUGGCAUGUGUGGGGAGUCCAUUGGGGAGAAGAACAACCAGCUCCAGGCGCUGCCUUGCUCCCACUUCUUCCACUUAAAGUGCCUCCAGACCAACGGGACCCGGGGCUGCCCCAACUGCCGCCGCCUGUCGGUGAAGCCCGGCUACGUCUGACCCUCCCGCGGGCCUCGGCCGGGGCCCUUCAGGCUGUGCCUGGCGCCCCUGGCAGCCGCGGGGCUGGGGGUGGGCGGCGGGGGCGUGCUCGGUCUCGGCUGCCUCGCUGCUCUGUACGGGGACUGACGGCAAUAAAGGGUAUCGCCGCAGCGCGCCGCCUGCCUCCGCCGCCGGGCACGGGGCCCCGCCCCCGCCCCGCACCAAGAUGGCGGCGGGGCCAUCACUCAGCACAUUUGGCCGGGGCACGUGACCGCGCGGCGCCUGCCCCUCGCGCCGGCAGAUUCGGCAGAGCCGCGGGCCGCGCUCGGGGCGGCGGGGGCCGAGGGGCGGCGGGGCGCCGAGACGGGGAAGAAGAGGGGCCGCGGGGCCGCCCCAGCCGCCUGUCCCGCUGCCUCCCGCCCUGCGCCCGGGGCCGCGCAGCGCGGAAUCUGCCGCCCGCAGCCCGCCGCGCUGUCGCAAAGAUGGCGUCGGUGUGGGAUGAGUCGGAGGAUGGCGUCGGCGAGGAGGUGCUCAAGAUGUCCACGGAGGAGAUCGUGCAGCGCACGCGCCUCCUCGACAGCGAGAUCAAGAUCAUGAAGAGUGAGGUACUGAGAGUGACCCAUGAGCUUCAGGCUAUGAAAGACAAGAUCAAAGAGAACAGUGAGAAGAUCAAAGUGAACAAAACCCUGCCAUACCUUGUCUCUAACGUGAUCGAGCUGCUGGAUGUUGACCCCAAUGACCAGGAGGAGGAUGGAGCAAACAUUGACCUGGAUUCCCAGAGAAAGGGCAAGUGUGCUGUGAUCAAAACCUCUACACGUCAGACUUAUUUCCUGCCUGUUAUUGGGUUGGUUGAUGCUGAGAAGUUGAAGCCUGGAGACCUAGUGGGGGUGAACAAAGACUCUUACUUGAUCCUGGAGACGCUACCUACUGAGUAUGAUUCACGGGUGAAAGCCAUGGAGGUGGAUGAGAGACCCACAGAGCAGUACAGUGACAUUGGGGGGCUGGAUAAACAAAUCCAAGAGCUCGUGGAGGCCAUUGUCCUGCCAAUGAAUCAUAAGGAGAAAUUUGAAAACUUGGGUAUACAGCCGCCCAAAGGAGUCCUUAUGUACGGGCCUCCAGGAACGGGGAAGACACUUUUAGCUCGAGCAUGUGCUGCCCAGACCAAGGCUACGUUCCUGAAGCUUGCGGGUCCACAACUUGUGCAGAUGUUCAUUGGUGAUGGAGCUAAGCUGGUACGUGAUGCUUUUGCUCUAGCCAAGGAAAAAGCUCCUUCCAUCAUCUUUAUUGACGAACUGGAUGCCAUUGGCACUAAAAGGUUUGACAGUGAGAAGGCUGGUGAUCGGGAGGUGCAGAGGACCAUGCUGGAGCUGCUGAAUCAACUUGAUGGUUUCCAGCCCAACACACAAGUCAAGGUGAUUGCUGCCACCAACCGGGUUGAUAUCUUGGACCCAGCUUUGCUCCGCUCUGGACGAUUAGAUCGCAAGAUUGAGUUCCCAAUGCCUAAUGAGGAGGCCAGAGCCAGAAUUAUGCAGAUCCAUUCACGCAAGAUGAAUGUCAGCCCUGAUGUGAACUAUGAGGAACUGGCUCGCUGCACAGAUGAUUUCAAUGGAGCCCAGUGCAAGGCUGUGUGCGUUGAAGCGGGGAUGAUUGCCCUCCGCCGUGGAGCUACAGAGCUCACCCACGAGGACUACAUGGAAGGAAUCCUGGAGGUUCAAGCAAAGAAAAAAGCCAAUCUGCAGUACUAUGCCUGAUCUCUGCCUAGUCAAGGUUGUGGCCUUGGCAGAGGACAGGACUAGACUGGACUGUACCACUUUCUGUCUGGAAAAAAUAAAGCAUUUUUUCCCCUCUAAAAACAAA